AAGAUCGUGACCAUCUUGACUGUUGUCCUUAUGGCAUCGCUGGUUGCAGCGUUACUUGGUUCAAUGCCUCAGGCUCCAGGCCCCACUUCAAGACAACCAAUGCGCCAUCUGCUUUGAAAUUUAUUAUUAUGUACCCGAUCUACUAUUCUUUGAGCAGAUGGAUAUUUGAUUUCUUCUCCCAUUCAGUGUCAACUAUAUUAUUAUAGUACAGUUGACUAUUUUUUGUCAAUUUCUAGAUUGAAGAUUUUCUUCUGUUCGCCUUUGGAAUCUUUACGGCGGAGCUGCGCAACCUUUUGGCUAUUGCUAUUUUUUUUUUUUUUUUUGGUCGCAACCAUGUCGCGCCCUGAAGAUGUCUUGCCUCCAGAUUUGUUUUAUGAUGACAAUGAAUCGCGAAAAUAUACCACUUCGUCUCGUAUCCGUAACAUCCAGUCUGAUAUGACGCAUCGAGCUCUCGAGCUUCUCGAUCUCAAAUCACCAUCACUCAUUCUUGAUGUCGGUUGUGGAUCUGGGCUUUCCGGAGAGCUCCUCUCCGAAGUGCCUCCCGCGCAAGGUGGGCCACACACCUGGGUCGGCAUGGACAUCUCACCCAGCAUGCUCGACGUGGCUCUGCAGCGAGAAGUCGAAGGCGAUUUGUUGCUUGCCGAUAUCGGGCAAGGGGUGCCGUUCCGUCCUGGUACGUUUGAUGCAGCUAUAAGUAUAAGUGCAAUUCAGUGGCUCUGCAACGCGGAGACGAGCGAUGUCAGCCCCGAAGGUCGUUUGCGCCGAUUUUUUGAGGGCCUUUAUGCCAGUCUUCGUCGUGGUGGACGUGCCGUUUGUCAGUUUUAUCCCAAGAAUGAUGCGCAGCGGAGCAUGAUAAGCGGUGCUGCUAUCAAAGCUGGCUUUGGUGCCGGUAUGCUGGAAGAUGACCCUGGGACCAAGAACAGCAAACUUUACCUUGUACUUACGGUUGGGGGUGGCGGGUUGCAAGGAGACAUCACUGGUGUCGUUGGUGGCAUGAAUGAUGUGGAUGUUUUGGAUGCCAGAAGAAGGGCCAUGGAACAUGGCAAGUUGCCGUCUUCUAAGAAAGGCGACAAGGCCUGGAUCAUGAGGAAAAAAGAUCAGAUGUCAAAAAAGGGGAAGAUCGUAAAGGCCAAUUCCAAGUACACUGGCAGGAAAAGACGCCCGGCCUUUUGA